AUGAUGUAUUCUCCCAUCUGUCUCACUCAGGAUGAAUUUCACCCGUUCAUCGAGGCCCUCCUUCCACACGUCCGUGCAAUCGCCUAUACGUGGUUCAACCUGCAGGCUCGGAAACGCAAGUACUUUAAAAAGCACGAGAAGCGGAUGUCCAAGGACGAAGAGAGAGCCGUCAAAGAUGAGCUCCUCAGCGAAAAGCCCGAGAUCAAGCAGAAGUGGGCAUCCAGGCUCCUGGCCAAACUGCGCAAAGAUAUCCGCCAGGAGUACCGGGAGGACUUUGUGCUCACCGUGACUGGCAAGAAGCACCCGUGCUGUGUCUUAUCCAACCCCGACCAGAAGGGUAAGAUUAGGAGGAUCGACUGCCUGCGGCAGGCAGACAAAGUCUGGCGUCUGGAUCUAGUCAUGGUGAUCCUGUUCAAAGGCAUCCCUUUGGAAAGUACCGAUGGAGAGCGGCUCAUGAAAUCCCCUCAUUGCACAAACCCAGCACUUUGUGUCCAGCCACAUCAUAUCACAGUGUCAGUUAAGGAGCUUGAUUUGUUUUUGGCAUACUACGUGCAGGAACAAGAUUCUGGACAAUCAGGAAGUCCAAGCCACAAUGAUCCUGCCAAGAAUCCUCCAGGAUACCUUGAAGAUAGUUUUGUAAAAUCUGGAGUCUUCAAUGUAUCAGAGCUCGUGAGGGUAUCCAGAACACCCAUCACCCAGGGAACUGGAGUCAACUUUCCAAUUGGAGAAAUCCCAAGCCAACCAUACUAUCAUGACAUGAACUCGGGGGUCAAUCUUCAGCGGUCACUGUCUUCUCCACCAAGCAGCAAAAGACCCAAAACCAUAUCCAUAGAUGAAAACAUGGAGCCCAGUCCUACAGGAGACUUUUAUCCCUCUCCGAAUUCACCAGCUGCUGGAAGUCGAACAUGGCAUGAAAGAGAUCAAGAUAUGUCGUCUCCGACUACUAUGAAGAAGCCUGAAAAGCCAUUGUUCAGCUCUACAUCUCCACAAGAUUCUUCCCCAAGGUUGAGCACUUUCCCCCAGCACCAUCACCCUGGGAUACCUGGAGUUGCACACAGUGUCAUCUCAACUCGAACUCCACCUCCACCCUCACCGUUGCCAUUUCCAACACAAGCUAUUCUCCCUCCAGCCCCAUCGAGCUACUUUUCUCAUCCAACAAUCAGAUAUCCUCCCCACCUGAAUCCUCAGGAUACUCUGAAGAACUAUGUACCUUCUUAUGACCCAUCCAGUCCGCAAACCAGCCAGCCUAACAGCAGUGGUCAAGUGGUAGGGAAAGUGCCUGGCCAUUUCACUCCUGUCUUGGCACCCUCUCCCCAUCCCAGUGCAGUGCGACCUGUGACCCUGACCAUGACAGAUACUAAACCCAUCACUACAUCCACUGAAGCCUACACAGCCUCAGGCACAUCUCAAGCCAAUCGAUAUGUGGGACUAAGCCCAAGAGACCCAUCCUUCCUACAUCAGCAACAGCUGAGGAUUUGUGACUGGACCAUGAAUCAAAACGGCAGGCAUUUAUACCCCAGUACCAGUGAGGAUACAUUGGGAAUUACUUGGCAAAGUCCUGGUACCUGGGCUAGUUUGGUUCCUUUCCAAGUAUCAAACAGGACACCCAUCCUACCGGCAAAUGUCCAAAAUUACGGUUUGAACAUAAUUGGAGAACCUUUCCUUCAAGCAGAAACGAGCAACUGA